AUGACCUCGAGGACCCCGAUGGGCGUCCAGCAGCGACCGCCCCAACGAACGUUGAGCAAUUCCUCGCUAUCAACACCCAGACCGUCGACCCAGCAGCGAACCCUUUCUCAGCAGCAUAUUCCCUCAUCGCCCGUACGGAGAGAACCCGGUGAUCAGGCAUCAGACUCGGGCGAUGCGCCCCCUGGCCGGCAUGGCAUCGGCACACCGAGGCGGGGAGCCUCGCGGCUUCGGCUAGAGCUGUCCAACGAGGCUGUAUCUCAUCUACAGAUAGCUGUCGAAUCGCCGCAAAGUAUGACUUCGGCGCGAGCCCUUACAUUGGGCGGCGACGGCACUGUCGAUGGCGCGAAUAGCCCUGCCCUGUCUCGCGUCUCUCACCAAGAAAAUAAUACUAAUAACCCUCCCCUUCCUAUGCCGAAGCGUCCAAGGUACCAAACAUCACAAAAACCAGUGCGGCCCAAGGAAUCGCCGUCGCCGACCGUUGGCGGGAAGAAAGACGGCCGCCCGAAACCGUAUACUGUCGAGAUACCUCCUGAUGCGCCUCGACUUGCGCAGACCAAGAGAAACGAGCCAACAAACGGGGACUUGUUUGGGAAGGCCCUUUUCUCGGGCUAUGGAGACUUUUUUCCGUGGUCUGGAAAUCACUUCGAAGACGAGUGGUCAACCGAAUCCAUCACAAAAGGCACCUGGGAGAAGCCCAGCUCCACGGAAUCAUCACCUGCCAGGCUUGCCAUUCUCCCAGCGCUUAAGCAAAAGAAUGGGUUAAGUGCUUUAUCAACUAUUUAUAUGGGCGUCUUGAAUCAGCGAAGACAACGCGGGCAAAUUACCGCACCGUCGACCUUUAAACCACCCCCUCGAGUUACCCUCACCGAUACAAAACGCGAAGUCUGGCUCAAGGACCUCGCGAACCCUGCAACAUCGCUUCGCCGCCUCAGCCGUACAAUCCCCCAUGGCGUCCGAGGGCGAGUAUUGCUCGACCAAUGCCUGAAUAAAAGAGUUCCUACGGAACGAGCGGUUUGGCUAGCCAAAUGUGUCGGAGCGAAUGAGAUAAGAGCUUUCAAGAGAAAAGGCGUCAACGGCGCAGUUGUAAUGGGGGGCGAAGCCAAAUGGAGUAGGGAUUGGACGGGAUUCGUUGAGCAGUUUAUUGACUCUGUCACUUCGGCCGUCCACGAUGCUGACUGGAAGUCAAAGGUCACGUACGCAAUUCGGCUUGCAUCAAAUCUUUAUUGGGAGCAGCUCCUAGAUCGCGAACAUUAUUUGGAAUGGAUGACAGCAGGAUUAGAAAGUAGUACCACAGGAAGACUCCCGAUGUGGAUCCUCAUCGUGCGCAUAUACUGGUCGGACUUGCUUCGAUCACGCAAGCAUGGCAAGCGACUUGUUUAUGGGUUUCUUCUUCAUCUGAAAUCACUGUAUGAUGAUCCGGACCGCGAUGUUUUCACCCAGCUUUCAAAUCAACUAUCUUCAAUUUUGCGAACACUUAUCCAAAGCCACCCUGAAAGUUUUGUCUGCCCCCUGGAUUGGUCAAAAUACCGAGAAACACUCAAAUCUGUCUUACCGGUAGAAGAUCAGGUGGCCCAGAGGGCUUAUUCGGGAAUUAAUGCUAGAAACGCAUUUCUUGCCAUCACGGGGUCUGCGUAUACUCCCGCAGGGAAACAACAAUUGGUGCGACUUCUCGACUCAACCUUUCGAAGAUUUGUUGAACCGGAUUUGGCCACUAAAUGUUGGGAAAUGAGUGAUGACAAGUCUAUCAUCACGAGGACCCUGGUUGAAUGGGCGACCUCGGCUUAUCGUCCCGGUCUAUCGAAAAUCUAUGUUGCGGCUAGCCUGCUACGAUCCUGGGCUUCCAUGGCUCGAUUCGAGGCAACUCCAUCUGUGCUCGAGGUGAUAGAUGGCGUUGAUACUCACGAUGCGGGCAGAAAGAACCAAUUUUAUCUGCUUGUAUCGGAGCUCGUCCGAAAUGGGAGUUUUUCCAUUCCUUACUAUCUUCAAUGGUUAAUUGCUAGAGGAGGUUUUCAUGGUGCUUCCGAUGUCGAUCCUGAUGACGGUCCAUGCGCUACAAGGCUGCUCAUUGAAAUGCCAAUACAUUGUUUUCCGAAGAAGUGGAGGAAUGAGAGGAGUAACCUUCUUCGUCGAGCCGGAGGAUACUCGACAGAAAGCGAGGAGAUCGACCUCUCUAAUGCGAUCAAAUGUGUGGACCAUACAUUGGGACUCCCACUCCCAACUGAUGAUCCAUUGUUUCAGCGAAAACCGCUUCCCCUUCGAAAGCUAUUGGUCAGAAUCAGAAAGAGCAGCCGUGCAUGCAAGGCAUCUAUUGGGUGCCACCUCCGCGAUGCUGUGGCUCGACAGGUUUCUGCUGAUGGAAGCCCGCCUACAAUGCUAGCGCUAUUCAUGUCUGCUCGGGCUAUCCUCGAGACAGCUGAGGAUUUUGCGAUGCUCUCAGACACCAUUCGAGCAUGUUCGAAGGCCUCAGAACCUAGCAUACUCGCUGCAUGUGCUGACACUGUGAACGCUCAUUUACCAAUAUUCCUCGGUAUGGGGUCUGCAGUUGAAGUAUUCCAGCAACUGUGUGAACGACUGAGGAUCAUUGUUCAACAAGGGGUGCUUGCUCGGCCACUCCUUGCCUCCAUCUCAUGUCUCGCCAACAGAUUACCUGAUCAGGAUGAGUUAGCUGGCCAACUUGGCCAACAACUGCUUCAGUGCGAUCGAAGUAGCGCUAUCGACGCCUGUUCUCCGGUUUCCGACAACAUGAUAACGCAGUCUCAAGGGGCCGAAGGUGAAAUAUCCGACGAGAUCGAUAAACUCCUCGCCAACGGCAACAGUAUCGACCACCCAACAAUGAACAGGCUGUUUCGGACGCUUGUACCGAGGCUAGAGGUUGGAUGGGCUAAACUUGACGAGAGCCGUAGAGUCUUCGCCUCCUUGUUGACCAAGAUGCGCGUUUUUGACCCUCUACAUUUCGAUAAACUAAUGACGGAUUGGGUCAGCCAUGUUAGCUCGAUGGACUCGCGGCCUAAGCUUUUGGAUCUUUACCCCCUUCUUCUAACUGCUGGCUGCUUGAACAUCACCGUCUUACUCCAUGCAUCCAACAUAUCACCAGCUAUGGUGUCGCAGGGCGUGAAAGGUAGUGGCCGGGUACCUCAACCCUAUUUUCAAGAAUUACUCGACUUACUUCUGGCAAAGAUGCCCAAAUCCAAUACUUUGACAGUGGAGGAAGAGUAUCAAUUUACUGUCCACCAGCAGUCUGCCCAGCACGACGAUCCAGCAAUGUUCUUGUCUUUAAUCCGAAGCGCGAUUGUUGAGUAUAUCAGUAUGCGAGACGUUCCAGACAAAGGUCACCUGCCCUUGGAAGAUCCUAAACUCCGCUGGAUGCUUACUGAAGGCCUGAGAUACCUGGUCACGGUGGAUCCGGCCGCUGUGAGCGAGUCUUUAAGCAUCAAUAACCUGCCAGAUGGGUGCGGCGAGUUCCUGUCGUCUCUCUCAACCCGACUACUCUUGCCUGAUAACGGCGAGGAAGUCCAGACGACAUUCGACCAAAUACUUGGUCUAGCCAAUGAGCUGACUCUGCCCUUCUGCCAACUGAAGCUGAACUUGGAUCUUUCCAUGAAUCAAGGCAACCCAACGGAGACCGACGAAUCGGUAGACACCGGCGACGCAUCGACAUCUCGAUUUGAGCUCUUCGCCACGGCCAUGGAUCGCGCGAUCGAGGCCAACAAUAUUAUUUGGACGAGUAUGCUCCCAUGUCUUAGUACAGAUAUAGCUCAUCACUUGCGGAGUCUUGCCUACUCCAGAUUUUUGGGCCUGGUUCCAUCUCUCAAGUCGGUAUCUUCUAUCGAAGGAACCUCAGAAUAUCGAAUCCACAUGGCCGAAAACCUUAUCGGCGUCAUCGAAGCUAUCAGUGCUGGGCAACCCUCACCGAAGACGUCUCAACUAAGUAUACUUGCGGUGGAGAAACUGGUCGACCUAGGAGAGAUCAUUGCAAGCCGAGAGCACAAGGAAUUGCUAAUGGCUGUGUUGAACCAUUGGCUUCCUGCUCUGCUAAGGCUGAUUAUCCUUCAAGGUCUUGCACGUGAGAAUGCCACCCUUGGAGCUCCUUCAAGUGCAGGACCUGGCGGCAAGCUCUCGCUUGUCAUAGUGAAUUGUGAGGCCCGGGCUCGUGCAUUUCUUGCACUUUGUAACUUGCUCCUCAUCCUCCAGUGUCUGCCGCCUGAGGUUUCUGGUGCACUGAGCCAACAAGUAUUCGACGUUGCCGUUGUCCUUGUCGAUGCUUUACCAGACGAUCUUCGCCAACAGUGUGCUAGGAAUGUUCUUCUACUCCCCGGCAUGAUGGCCGGCUUGAAUGUAUCAUCAGACCCACGUCUGUAUUAUUUACUGAGCACGCCGCAGCCGGCAAUGGCCGACAAUCUUGUGCUUGCACACAAAGACAAGCCGGGUACGCUCCACGGCAGUGGAGGACGGGGGAUGGGUGCCAUGUACGGCAUCGGACCCUCUACAUCACAUAAGCUCUCCCCAUUUCUGAUGAGGCGAUGGGAGAUGCUUAAUGAGUCCACCCCUAAUGUGGGCGAAAACGACACCAGCCUAAGCCUCGGGCUUUUUGAAGCCAUUAAGAUCCAAUAA